AUGCCUCGUGUACGUUUACAACCAAGACCAUGGUUUCUGCUGAAUUGGGGAAUAUUCCAGUCAUUGCUGAUAUUCUUUCUGUGUCAUGGAACUUCCACGGCUGAGCCGAAGCCUGAAAAAUCUUCCUAUUGGUAUUCGCACGAUUAUCCUAAUCCUCGCACUGAACCUGAAAGGUGUGGCCGCUCUCCCGACCACCAGUCUUGGCUUUGCGAUCCAGAUGACUUCAUAUCAGAAGCAGAUGCAAUGAAAUUGGAUGAAUUGAUAAGUAGCAGCUAUUCUGAUACUCGUUGUCGCUGUUAUUCAUGCAUCACUAACAGCCACGGUUAUUUAAUCAUGGUUGCUCUUAUGGAAGCAAUGUACAGAGACCAAACACAAAUUAAUGGGACCCAGUCAACACAAAAGUUGUUCUCUGAUGCAAAAAGGUUUGCUGAUGAUUUAAUGCAUCAGUGGGGCCAGAAAAGCAGUUGUAAAGAAUAUAUCUUUAUUUUAUUCUCAAGGAAUGACAAAGUGCUUUAUACGUUGGCAGAAGAAAAUGCAAACAAGAUCCUCAAUAAUACCAUGAUAAUGAAAGUAAACAGAUAUGUAUACAAAUAUUUUAGUUAUAAAGAAGGAAUUGGAAAGGGGCUCCAUAAAAUGAUCACAUAUUACAAGGAUAUUCUUCUUCAAAGAUUUAAAGAUCCCGGGCCUCUACAGUCUUUAAUCCCAAACCAAGUGCAAUACAGUGAAAUACAAGAAACAAAGUCACAGGCCAACAGUGGCAAAUAUAAACAAUUCAGUUUACUGUUCAGCAUUUGUUUCCAACUUUGUUCAUGUCUUCUCAUAACAUUAUUACAGAUAAAUAAUUAA